UACUCAAAAAACAAAAAGAUCAAAACAAUUUUUUUUAUAAACUUUGCAAAUUGAGGAAACACUACUUCUGUGUACCGAAGUCCUCGGUCGCGGCGAAGAACACCUUCUUUGCUUCUGCAGCGGGGGACAACAUGUUGAGAAACCACCUCUGUUUGACCGUGGUCUUCUUUCUCCUGACCUCAUCCUCACUCGCAGAUCCUACAGUGAGGCUUGUAAAUGGAAGCAGUGGAUGCAGCGGUAGGGUGGAGGUCUACCACUCCAACCAGUGGGGAACAGUGUGUGAUGACAACUGGAGCAUGGCUGAUGCGGAGGUGGUGUGCAGACAGCUGGGUUGUGGAAGUGCUGCAAAAAUAAAGAAACGGGCUGCUUUUGGACCGGGAAUAGGCCAGAUCUGGAUGGAUGAUGUUGGAUGUUCUGGUAGUGAGUGUUCUCUCAUGGAGUGCUCACAUGAAGGAUUUGGAAAGCAUAACUGCGUCCACAAAGAAGAUGCUGGUGUUGUCUGCUCAGAUCACAGAUCUCUUCCCACUCCCAGUCUGUCUUCGUCCCACACAGCGCUCUCACCAGGUGAUGAGCUGAGCCUCACCUGCUACUAUUCCUCCCAGCUCUGUGAUCAGAUUCAUAUCAACUUCUACCAGGAUGAAUCUCCAAGAGGGAACCAGAUCUCGGGGUUUGGUAUGACCAAUGCGACAUUCACAGUGUCCAACAUUGAGUCCUCUCACCAGGGCAGUUACACCUGCCACCUCUCCACCCAGCAAAUCAUCAGCCCCUACAGCAGCCCAGUCAACAUCACUGUCGUGAGCCCGCAGCAGCCCAACAUCUCCCUGACCACCUUGAACAAAGGGCCGGUCUGGGGUACCCAGGGCCCAGAGGUCACAGCAGGUCACGACUUCAUCAUCAGCUGCUCAGUUUCUCCUUGGUAUCCAGGAGGCUUCUUCUACCUCUCCUUCUCCGGCUCCAACAACACUGUUGUCCAGUCAGCUGUCAGUCACUCAGCCUCGUUUUACUUCCCUGUGGCAGAGUAUCGACAGCAGGGCGACUACAGCUGCGUCUACCAAGUCAACGUCUCUACUCGCACCUUCACCUCCAAAGCCUCAGAGAUGCUGACUGUCACAGUCAGAGCUUCUCUCCUUCCACGGCGGGUUAUCGGGGUGGUCGGUGGCCUCUUGCUCCUGCUUGUCUUGCUGAUUGUCUCCUUUCUGAUCAUGAGGAGGAGGAGACACCGAGAGGUGGAAGUGAAGACCAGCGGUACAAACCGUGUGCGGAACACAUACCAUCUAACGCCGCCUCCCAAGAAGGCAAACAGCGAUCGGGACUACGAGAAUGCGGAGAACUUCACCUGGAACCAAGAGAACAAUGAUGACAACAACGACUACGAGAACUAUGGAGACCUUGCAGCAGUGGGCAACGUGCAUACGCGUGGAGUGGAGAAAAACAACCGUGCUAUCUGUCCUAACACAGAAACCUACCCAGACCACAACACUGCCGACCAUAACCCAGGGGGCAGCAGCGGGGGGGAGUGGAGAGAUGAAGAUGGCGGCAAAGAUGAUCUGUGUUGGAGUGAUUUUUCCAAUAGCCAAAGCGAGGCUGACAGUGCCGAGGAAGAGGAGGAGGAAAUCUAUGUAAAUUACGCAAUGUAAUAAUUAUGGAAGAAGUUUCGUUCCAGCACACGUGUCAUUCUGAUGUAAAUUCAGACAAGAAGGCAAAAUCAGAUCCACAAAGUAAAAGUCGGAGCCGUGUAUUUUCCCCCACCUAUACACUGAACCAGCUGAUUUCAUCUCCCUGUCUUGUUGAAGAGUGGUGUUAAUUAGAAUCCCCUGGUUUAGUGCAUGGUUGGAGUGAAUACAUGGUGAGGACUUUUUACUUUCUGGUUUUGCCACCUCUGAGUUCAGCUCAGCACUUCACCUGUUGAGAAUAUGACGGAGUUGGUGUCGCUAUGAGCGAGCUCUGCAAAUGCUGUAACCACUGCACAGUAAUGAGGGCAGCAGCUAAGAUGGCUUUAUAUUUUCAAUUCUCUAUGACACCAAACAGGAUUCUUAUUCUAUUAUAUCUAAAUACUCAUUUGCAUUAAUUUACCAAAUUAUGUCACCUCAUACUCUUGAUUGCAUAACUUAGGAAUGUGAUUUUGUGGCAGAUGAUGAUUUCACAGCAUUUUAGACCUGAAAAUGAGACCUGUGUGAUUCAUGCAAACCCACCCAAAAACAGCUGGGAUGGGGGGUGGGGGGCUUCUGGUAUUGGGUUUCCACCGUGUUUUACAAAGUCUUUGUUUAAAGCUGCUGGACACCCACACUGGUGUUUUAGUUGUGUUGGCUGGUCAGACUUUUCCUCAGGUGCGUCUAGGCUUAUACACACUGUGUUUGAUUGACAGCUUCCUUACUCUCCUACGUUAGUUUUGUUUUAGCUGGUGAGGUGGACAACCUUAAGGUAGCGACAUGCUGACCUCAGCACAUACCAUACAUAGCUGUGCCCAUCUUCAGCCUCAGAAGAGGUCUGAUCAGCUAAAGAAACCCAAAAACAGCUGUGAGGACGUCCAGGGGCUUUAACGAACAGCGAAAUGUUGCAUUCCUUCAUGAGUAAGGACCGCUGUUUGUUCCACAUAUCCAUAGUUGAGCAAUAAGUGAAAACAAGACGGCUAGAAAUCACAAUAAAACCAUGUUUCUUCAUAAACUGUUAGAGAGUCAUGUUUGUUGUGA